AUGAAAUUACUUACAACUACAUCUAUACUGUGGUUAAUAUAUUCCAUUUCGGGAGUCGUUGCAUUAUCGUCUCUUGAUUCUUCUGUUGCUACAGCUUGUUUGAAAUACAAUUCACAAUUUAAAUGGAAUUGUUCCUCAAAUAAAAAAUAUUCAUGUCUUUGUAAAGAUAUUAAUUGGCUACAAACUUUAACAUAUUGUGUAAAUUAUGGUUCAGACCAUGCAAAACCUUUUGAACAUGCUAUGAGACAUUUGAGAUUAAGAUGUCAAUCCGGUGAUAUCGAUUAUACUUCAGAACAGUUACAAGAAAUUUAUAAAAAUGGUACUUCUUAUGCUAGACCAAUUACUUCAAACGAUACUACGACUCGAGUUAUUGGUACUUUAAUCCCUGAUGAGAGCAACUUCGAUUAUUAUUUGACGAAAUACAAACAAACAACUUUGUUUGUUACUAGAUCCCAAUGGUUUGGUUGGGGUUUGGUAUUUUAUUGGGUAACUAUAAUUUUAUUAUCCACAAUUUCCAACGUAAAUAAAAAAAUGAUUGGCCUUAACAAUCCUUUACAACAUAAUUGGGUUAAACGAAACAUCAUAAUUCCUUCGAUGGGUAAACAUUAUAAAGAACGUACUUUUCUUUUAUUUCGUUGUAUACCUAUUAAUUUUCCAACUAGAUUAGACGCCCUUAUUGUUACAGUAUUUGUCAUCUUAACAAUUAUCUUUUGUGGGAUGGAUUACGAUAUUCAUUUGCCACAUCCAAAUUACCCAGAUCAAUGGAGACUUAAUGCAAGAAUGUUGAAUUACAGAGUAGACCAAAUGGCUCUUGCCUUGUUCCCAGUUAUUUAUAUGUUUGGUAUAAGAAAUAACCCUUUUAUUACAUUAUCUGGUUUAUCUAUUGGAUCUUUCAAUUAUUUUCAUAAAUGGUGUGCAUAUGUGGCUUCAGUUUUGGUAUUGAUUCAUGCCGUUUUAUGGACCGUUUAUUCACAAAAGUAUUCUACUUAUCACCAUUACAUCACACAAAAGUAUUUUCAAUGGGGGAUUGCUGCCACCGUGAUGAUGUUUGUUCUGUGUUCUCAUAGUGAAAAGAUAUUUAGGGAUAGAUUCUACGAGUUCUUCUUAUUUUUCCAUAAAGCUAUGAAUGUAAUAUUUAUUGUCGGUUUAUAUUAUCACAUCGUAUCUUUUGGCUGGUUGAAUUGGGUUUGGGCUCUGGUUGGUAUUUGGGCUACCGAUAGAGUCUUGAGAUUGUUCUGGAUUAUUAUUAACGGUGGUGUACAUAACGCAACUUUAACAGAUUGUUUUAAUGGUGUUAUAAAAGUAUCUAUCCCAAAACCAAAAUUUUUCAAAUAUCAACCUGGGAUGUAUGUAUACUUGUAUUUCUUGGGUUUAAAUGAACCUUGGUUCUGUUCUUUACAAUCUCAUCCGUUCACUAUCUUAAGUGAACCACAGAUAGAUAAAAUGCAACCAGGGAAUUUGAUAAUUUAUUUUAAAGUUAAUAAGGGUAUUACUAAACGUUUAUUGUCAAGACUAGAAAAUAGUGGUCAACAAAGUAUUAAUUGUAAAGUUUUGUUGGAGGGACCUUACGGUGUUCAAUUACCUCAAAUUAUACCUAUCACAGAGAACCAAUCAGGUAUUUGUGCGGGUCUUGGGAUUACAGCUGUGUAUCCUGAAUUAUAUUAUGCAGCACAGCAAACUGAGAAAGUCGGAAGCUUUUCCCAUCAUUUAAUUUGGAUCAUUAAUAAUCCAUCUCAUGUGGAAUGGUUUCAUCAAGAAUUGUAUUUAUUGUCUCAAUUAAAUUGUACUAUUGAGAUAAUUUGUACAAGGAAGUACUCCAAUACCAACUCAACUAAUGAGAAGGCAAAGAGUUCUACUGAUAAAUUACAAUAUGUAACCGCCUCAGAUUCUGCCAGUUCUACAAGAACAUCUAUUAAUGAGGACUCUAAAAAAUUUCAACAUGAAAUUCAAUACAUUGAAGCUAGACCUAACUUAGGAGAGUUGAUUGGUGCUCAGAUUGUUAAAUCUCAAAGUCAGUCACCCCAACCAAGAGAUUUGAAUAUUUUGACUUGUGGUCCCUCAAGCUUCAAUGAUAAAAUUAGAUACCAUAUAACACAAGAACUUGCAAAAGAGGUUUCAAUAAAUGUUAACUUUGAUGAGAAAAGUUUUACUUGGUAA